AUGAACAAGAGCUUCCCAGUAGGCUUCAUCCUUCUUGGCUUUUCCAAGUGUCCCCAGAUGGAAAAGGCUCUCUUUUGGAUCAUGGUCAUCUUCUACACUAUGACCAUCCUCAGCAACUUGACCGUCAUCCUGCUGUCUUGCAUGGAUCCUUGUCUCUACACACCCAUGUACUUUUUCCUUAGCAAUCUUUCCUUCAUGGAUCUCUGCUUCACUACAACCGCUGUGCCCCAGAUGUUCUCAAACUUGUGGGGGCCAGACAAGAGCAUCAGCUAUGCAGGCUGUGUCACCCAACUCUGCGUGUCUCUUUGUAUUGGUGCUGCAGAAGGCAUCUUGCUGGUGGUGAUGGCCUUUGACCGCUACAUUGCUGUCUGCCAGCCACUGCGCUACACCAUCAUCAUGCACCGUCCACUCUGUUGGAAGCUGAUACUCGUAGCCUGGAUGGCUGGCCUGAUAGAAUCUUUGAUGGAAACUCUUACCACAUUCCAGCUUCCCUUCUGCACCCACCACCACCUGAAUGACUUUUUGUGUGAGGUUCCUUCCCUCAUACGCCUGGCCUGUGCAGACACUUCUGCCAAUGAGUGGCAGAUGACCACUUCUGCUGUCAUCUUCACCAUGGUGCCUGUGGGGUUGAUUCUGACUUCUUAUGGCUACAUUGCUCAAGCUGUGGGGAAAAUUAAAUCAGAGGAGGGGAAGAAGAAAGCCAUGGCCACCUGCUCCUCCCACCUUCUUGUGGUCUUCAUGUUUUACGGGACAGUGGCAAUGGUGCAUAUAGACCCUAAGAACAACUUAUCUUCGAAACAUGGAAAACACAGGCCCAGUUUGCAGUGUGCACCAGGAGAACUUCUACUAAUUGACAUUGGUCUUUUAUUACGGAAAGACUCAAAAGAGUGA